CAUUCAUAGGAAUUAUUUAAUAUUCAAUAUUUCAAUAUUCAUUGAUUACCGAUUUAAGUAUCUGUUGCACCAUAUUAAUAACCAAUAACUAUUCUAUAUUCUUUUACUAUUGACUAUUGAGUAAUUAACUUUAAGAAGUACAUUUUUUUCAAAAUAUUUUGUUCAAAUAAAUAUACUUGUCAAUUUAUUCAUUACUAUUGUCAAUAUGGUCGCUGCUUCAGAAGAAUCCAUCAAUCGUAUAGGAACAGUAUUAGCUAACACAAAGUUACCGAUGAAAGAACGAUUCAGAGCACUGUUUACACUCAAAAACUUAGGUGGAAAUAUAGCCAUAGAAAAUAUAGCCAAGUGUUUCAAUGAUGAUUCAUGUUUGCUGAAGCAUGAAUUGGCAUAUUGCUUAGGACAAAUGAGAGACGAAUAUUCUAUUCCUUAUUUAAUCGAUGUACUUAAAGAUGUCAAACAAGAGCCUAUGGUUCGACAUGAAGCAGCUGAAGCACUGGGAGCAAUUGGUAAGGAAAAUGUUAUACCAAUUUUGGAAGAAUAUAAAAAUGACCCUGUGGUAGAACUAGCAGAGACCUGUCAAUUGGCUUUAGGACGACUUUUACUACCUAAAGAUGAAGCAAACAUUGAAAAUAUUUAUGGAUCUGUAGAUCCAGCACCUCCUUCAGAGAUAAAAAGCAUAGAAGAACUUGAACAAAUUCUAACUGAUGAAAACGAAAGCCUCUUCAAUAGGUAUAAAGCAAUGUUUUCACUACGAGACAUUGCAUCACCUGAAAGUAUCACUAUUCUUUCUAAAGCGUUGUCGUGUGGAAGUGCAUUGUUUAAACAUGAAAUAGCAUUCGUUUUGGGACAAUUACAAUCACCGCUUAGUGUACCAUAUCUAAAAGAAUCAUUAAUAGAUGAAAAUCAAAAUGAUAUGGUCCGACAUGAGUGCGCAGAAGCAUUAGGAGCAAUUGCAACAGAUGACUGCUAUGAUAUAUUAAAACAGUAUAUAAAUGACCAGAAGGUAGUCGUCAAAGAAAGUUGUGAAGUUGCAUUAGAUAUGUGUGAAUAUGAAAACUGCCCAGAUUUUCAGUAUGCCGAUACACUUGAAAAAGUUACUCUAUAAGUUAGUUAUUUGUGUUAAAUUUUGAAUUUACAAUAAAGAUAAUUAAAAGAUGAAGUUCAUUA